UUGAUACUAGUCUUGCGCAUAAACUCUCCUUGCCUAACGCACACCGUACAUUCAGUUGGAACUGCGGGUCCAAGAAGAUGAUUGCCCUCGCGAUUAUCGUCGUCAUUCUUACGUAUUCCCAGCUAUGGGAUCCGGUCGAAUGCGGAUGCAGCUAUCCUCAAUGCGGAUCGGCUAUCCGUGACACGCUGAAAACCCGAAUAAAGCACAACGGUCGUUUGAUGACCUGCAGCUACCUACCCGAACCUUACUAUUAUUGCCCAUGCCAUCGCACAGAAGACGACGGGGCACCCUGUUGGAUCAUGAAUGAUGCUCGAGCCGGCCAGUGCUUCAGAGGGGAAUGUUACGAACCGUUGAACUACGAGUCUGCGAAAAAGGGGCAGCGGCUGAAUACUAAUCUACCAUGCGAAGUUCCGUCGGAUUAUAUGUACGAAAAACGUAGGGGAACACAAUGGCCUUACGGCUGCAAAUAUUAUUGCAGGUCCUCGCCUCACCUCAUUGUCAAUCAUCCUGAUGGAAGUCACUGUCUGAACCCAACAACGGCACCUCCUGGGAAAUGUCACAAUGGCUAUUGCAAGAAGAUAUAGGAUGACUGAAGAUAUCCAUAGGUAGCUUUGGUUGUCAAUGCCUCUAUGGAAUAAAACCUAUGUGCAUCCUUC